AUGGUUAGCAAUAACUUUGUUAAAGAUACUUCUACACUACACAAUCCGUCAUGGUUAUUGCUGAGCAUCAGUAUAUCCAGAACUGUCUUUGUCUUGACAGUAAAAUAUAGACACGAUCUUAGUACAUCUACUGUCAUUAUUGCUCUUGUUAAGCAAGAUAUUCUCCCAAAAACGCAGAGCUUCGUCCCUUUCUAUACUCAAGUGCCAUUAAAUCACGAGAGUACAUCAAAAAAGCUCACAAGAAAAUCUACGGUGAUUGUAUUUGUUAUAAGCUUUGUAGAACAAGGACGAAAUCCUGAUAUCUUCACUCAAGGUUUCGUUGAAAGAGCAGCAAGCGAAAACCAGUUUACUAAUGGCAAAAUCAAAGCUGUCGAUUAUAAUCGAGGUCUUGCGACUGCAACCAACCUUUUACCCACAUUUCGUACCUCCAUUUUGCCAAAUGGCUUCACUGUUGCUACUGAGGAAAACCCUGCUUCGCAAACCGCCACUGUAGGCGUUUGGAUUGAUGCAGGUUCGCGUGCCGAGAAUGUGAAGAAUAAUGGAUCCGCCCAUUUCCUGGAACACAUGGCUUUCAAGGGCACGAAUCGACGUACGCAACGUGAUCUUGAACUACAAAUCGAAAACAUGGGUGGCCAUUUGAACGCUUAUACCUCGCGCGAACAAACAGUGUAUUAUGCUAAAGCGUUCAAGCACGACGUACCGCAAGCGGUCGACAUUCUAUCCGACAUUUUACAAAACUCCCGUCUAGAUCCAGGUGCCAUUGAACGUGAACGUGACGUUAUCUUGCGCGAACAAGAAGAAGUGGAAAAGCAAAUGGAGGAAGUUGUGUUUGACCAUUUGCACGCCACAGCCUUUCAAAAGGAGCCGCUCGGUCUGACCAUCUUAGGCCCCAAAGAAAACAUUCAAUCAUUGACGCGUAACGACUUGUCUUCAUAUAUCAAAACCAAUUAUACUGGCGAACGAAUGCUUUUGGUGGGCACGGGUGGCAUAGACCACGACGCUCUCGUCAGAUUGGCCGAAAAUCACUUUGGUAGCUUGCCAACGAUUGCCAGCGCACAGACCAGCAAGAGUGCCAUCAAGAAGCCUGUUUUCACGGGCUCCGAGUUACGUAUCCGCGACGACAAUUCGCCACAAGCACAUAUUGCCAUUGCUGUAGAGGGUGCUAGCUGGACUUCGCCCGAUUAUUUCCCUUUGCUGGUAAUGCAAUCCAUCAUUGGCUCGUGGGAUCGUUCCUUGGGCGCAACCGGCCAUCUCGAUUCCCGUUUAUCGUCUGUCGUACAUAAGCAUCAGCUCGCCAACUCAUUCAUGUCGUUCAAUACCUCGUACAAGGAUACUGGCUUGUGGGGUAUCUACUUGGUGACCGAAAACAAGGAUAGAAUCGACGACCUGGUCCACUGCACACACAACGAGUGGAUUCGAUUGGCAUCAACAGUGACGGCUAGUGAGGUCGAGCGUGCCAAACAGCAGCUCAAGGCAGGACUGUUACUUGGUUUGGAUGGAUCCACUGCAAUUGCCGAAGACAUUGGGCGCCAGCUUUUGACUUCGGGCGCACGCAUGUCGCCAAAGGAGGUCGAGGAGACUGUUGCCAAGGUUACAGUUGAUGAUGUGCGUCGUGUGGCUCGUGAAUAUCUCUGGGAUCGUGAUGCAGCUGUUGUUGCCAUAGGUCCUGUUGAUGGCAUGGCCGACUACAACCGCUUGCGAUCAAGUGUAUCUAAUUAA